CGAUGAUAACAAAUUUCGGGAAAAUUGAACGUUUGAAUCGACGUCAAACGUGGCGGCCGUUGCACGCGUCGGACUUCGAGUCGCUGAUGUACCCUAAUUUCUGCAUUAGCUUCGUUCUUGGACUUUUCCCUUACAAGUACGAAUCGUCUCGAUACGUGAUCUCGCGAGCACACUUUCUCUGGUGCACGUUUACGGUUCUCGUUCUCGUAGCUUUCGUAUCCAUUACGCUCUACCAAAUAAACUUUGGCACUUUUAUGCACUUGCACGCACCCGGUGCGAUACACGGAAACGUUCAUGUAUUCUUCGGUGGAGGCACGACCGUGGUAUCGUACAUUCUUACUAAACGGAGAUUGCGUGUUCUUCGGAAUCUCGCGAAAACGUCACAGAUAUUAACGCCAAAAGAGUUCAACGAUCUCGCGAAGCUUUUUCAUACGAAGGACAUUCUUGGUUUCCUGUUUCUGGUCGUUCAUUUCCCGAAUUGUUUUAAAGAAACUACCUACGAUACCGUGCGACAGUUCUCUGUAUUGUACAUAGUGCUGACAACCUUAUCGUUGGACAUGUUUUACAUGAAUUGCGUAUGUAUUCUGAGAGCUUGCUUUGGUAAAAUCAACGAAGGGCUCAGACAGUUAAACGCGCCUACGACGAACAAUGAAUUUAACGCGGAAACAAGGGAGAAGGGUCUGCGUAACGAACAAAAGAGCACGCUGUUGUUAACGAGGUUGAAAAAUUUGGAGGAGACGCAUCUGCGGAUCAGCGAUGCCGUUCGAUUGAUAAAUCAAACUUUUUUCAUACACACCGCUAUAUUAACAACUAUAACGUUCUCCGUCGUCACCUUCAAUCUGUAUUUUUUCUACCUAUGGGUAAACGGAGUCUCUACUGUGGAAGUAGCUACGAAGUUUUGGUAUUUAAAAUUCCUCUCGAGCGUGUUUUUUUACACAAUAAAAUUCACGAUGUUGGUUUGGGCUUGCGAAACUACGAAAAAUCAAGCGGUGGAAAUCGGUGCUAGCAUUCACAAUGCUCUUAACAGUACCACCGACGCGUUGGUGAAACACGAGUUGCAGUUAUUUUCUUUUCAAGUACUGCACCAAGACAACACCUUCUCUGCUAGAAUAGUUACGUUGAACGCAGCGCUUCUUACGCAGAUGGCCGGAGGCGUUGUGAUGUAUAUCUUGAUAAUGUUCCAGUUUCUGAUGAACUCGAUACACUGUAAGACAUAUAUUUAACAAAUUGUCCGAAGUUACGCACGGUCUUAUAUGUCAGUCUUACGACGUUUCUCUGAUACAUGUUUAAUUGUUUAAAUUAAUAAAUUCAAUACAACCGUAAAAGGUCACAUAAAGCUACUUGUUAUUCGUUAAAGUUCUCGCUAUGCCUGAACAUAAAAAUAUAAAAUGGCGGUACAUG